ACUGGUGAAAUUGUGCUCCGGCGAGAAGAGAUGUUCCAUCCAUAACUCUUUCAGCGCAGUGGCCAGUCGUCGUUUGCUAGAGCAACUUUUAGUUCAAUAGUAGAGCACUUCCCAUCAACAUUGUCAGUGGUUUAUAUGUAUACCUCCGUAAGAAAGUGGAAUAUACUAAGUGCAGAAAAAAAUCUAGGAUCCUAAGUGCUGUUUUGUUUUGUGCUACGUAAUUUUGCAUCUUGAAAGAGCUUCGAAACCGGUCUUGAUCGGAUUUCAAUUUGUGUGAUUUUUAAUUGGGAAUUAGUUACCCACUGCAGUGCCCCGAUGAGGACCCCUCUCCUCCCCGCGUGAUGCGUCUGCGUGCCUACAUGCUUUCUUGUGAAGAAGACCGAUGCUGCUGCCAGUGUCGAUCCGGUGCCGAUCGGCUCAGUGCUCCCGGACAGUGGAUGUAUGGUCCGGUCCGUUCGUCUGAACUCGCUCACAAGCACGCCUCUCUCCAAAAUGCCCACGAAGUGAAAAUGGGCAUUAAAGAAGAAUACUUUCAAAAAGCAAUUUCUGCUGGAGUUGAUCAUAUUGGCUGUGCUAAUCCACUGCAAACUACUUUAUUAAAAGAAGAAAAUUUAUCAACUUCUAGCAAACAUUUCGAAAAUAGUAUCACAUCUUUCCUACACUGUGAAAAGUGUCAUUUGUACCUUCACAAUUUAAUGCAGAAAACUCACACGUGCCAAGUUUGUGGACAUUCUUCCCACAGUCCUUCUAAUUAUGGUCAAAUAUCCCCACAGUCCUUAACUAAAAAUGACAAAAGUUCUGCGGUUGUGUUCGAACGUGACAUUUGUUCUGAAUUCAAUGUCACUGAACAGCAUGCCCCAACACUAGUCCUAAAAUGCAUUCAAGAAAUAGAACUACGUGCCAGGCAAUGUACAGAUAUUGAUUUGUACUCUUUGUACAAAACAUCAGUUCCAUGUCAUAAUUUUCCAAGUUUGAAAAACAAGCUAAGUGAAGAUCCAAAAAAUGUGGAUCUUAAAGGUUACUCUCUCCCAACUGUCAUAAGUGCCUUAAUCAGUUACUUGCGAGAGCUGCCAAAUCCUGUUAUACCGGUGCAAAAUUAUGAAAAAUUCAUUGAAGCUUCAAAAAUUCCAAUGGACAAGCAGUGUGCCAUGUACAUAGGAGAACUUGUUCAACAGCUUCCAGUUCAUCACAAGGUCACUUUGCAAACACUAAUGGCCCAUUUUUGCAGAAUAUGCUGCCUACAAUAUUCAAGGGGAAUCAGAAGUACUCCAAAUGCCAUAAUUCGAGUUCUUAGUCAUACCUUAUUGAGACCAUCUUGGGAAAAUAUUGCGUCAAUUGUUCAAAAUUCUGAAGCGCAUACUAGAAUAGUGAAACUAUUACUUCUUAAAGGAGAAUGGGGUGAAAAACUACCAGACUUUUCAUCCCAAACAGCUCAACCACCUCACAAAUAUGUAGUUAUGGAAGCAAAACAUACUCCCUUUUCCCUUACAGACUUUGAAAAUAUUGUCAGUACUGAAGAUUGUUAUAGCCAUGAGGAUAAGGACCUAUUGGAAGCAGAGUGGUUUUGGGGUGAUAUUACGAGGGAAGAAGUGAAUGAAAAAUUGGCAACAGCUUGUGAUGGCACAUUCCUUGUUCGCAAUUCUUCUAAUAAAGGGUCAGGGGAAUAUACUUUAACAUUAAGGAAAGAUGGAAGCUGCAAACUUAUAAAAAUUUUCCACAAGAAUGGGAAAUAUGGUUUUUCUGACCCACUUUCAUUUUCAUCGGUUGUGGAAUUGAUAACCCACUACCAACACGUAUCUCUGGCCCACUAUAACCAAACUUUAGACAUUAAGCUGAUGCAUCCUUACUCCAGAUCAUCUUCUCAGGCUUGUACUAGUGAAAACUCGGAUUCAAGUCGAAAAGCUUUAAAAUCAUUAAAUACAGAGUUUACGAAUGCAUCCCAACUGUAUGACAAAUUUUACAAAGACCAUGAAAAAAUGCAGAAUGAGAUCUCUGUUAAAGAAAGCUUGUUAGAUGCUGUUAAUGAUUAUGUUGUGAUGUUGAAAAGCCAGCUAGAUCGUUGCCAAAUACAACCCAAAGAAAUGACCUCGUGUGUUGGAAAUAUUGAUGCCAUUCAGAGACAAAUCGUAAUACUGCAAGGACAUCAAAGAGAUUUGGAUUUCAGUUUAAAACACCAGCUAUCGUAUUGCCGCUCUUUAGAACGAGAAAUGUCUCCUCUAAAACCUAAAUUGAUUCAACUAACUAAACAAAAAGAGCAACUCAGCAGCACUUCUGUCAAAGAUCUACCCCAUAAUGACGAAUCCACUUGGUUGAUUGAAAACUAUUCCAGGAGUGAUGCGGAGAAACUGCUGGCUGGUAGAGCAAAUGGAACCUUUCUGAUCAGAAACAGUCGCACUGGAGAUUAUGCUCUGUCAAUAAUAGUAAAUGGUGUAGUUGGUCAUUGUUUGAUUCAUAAAACUGAGAAUGGGGUUGGAUUUGCAGAACCCUAUCAUGCCUUCCCCACACUGAAAAGCUUGGUGCUUCACUAUGCGCAGACAUCUCUCGAAGAACACAAUGAAUCCCUGAAGACGACAUUAACUUACCCUGCACUCACGCUUGAAGGUGAUCAGUACCUGAGCUUGUGACCGGUUAAAAUCUCAUUCCCUUGCAUAUGAAUUACAAAGUGGAAAUCCUCAUUGGAAGUUCACAAACCUAAAUCUUGUUGGUGGCUCUCGAAGAAACUCAAUCUAAAUAUUUUUGAUUGGACCAGAAGGGGCAAAAAACUGUUUUAGACGGUGCUACUGAAAAUAUUGUAAUUUUCAAGUUCUGCAAGUUUGGAGAUGUGCAAGAGAUAUAUUUUUUUAAGGAUGAACUUUUGAUUAUUUUAUCCCCGACAUCCAUUGCUGACAAAGGAGAUGCUAUAUUAACUUGAUCCUGUAUUAAAUUAAUUUUGGAAUCCAUUUUACCAACUUCCAGAAACUCUCGGUUGAAAAUGAACUGUUGUCAGAUUACCAGAUGGUGAGCGUAUAUUGUCCAAAGAAUGCUUCAAACAAUAAGAUCUUUGCUGUGAUAACUAAGAAAAUACUUAGAAAUUCUGAUAAAUGUACUUAUUGGUUUAAAAACAAACCAAUUUCUGUUCUAAUUGGAAUUUGAAACAUUUGGCUGCCAUUCCCAAAUGAAAACUAAAAUGUAAAUAUGUUUAUGUAGUUCGUCAUAGACUAUACUGCUUAAAAUUACAGUGUUUUAUAUGAAACUAAAUGUUUACAGUUAAACAUCUAGUUGUAAAUAUGUGAAAAAUUUUCACUCAAAUAAUCAUUUAGUUUCCUUUCAUUUUUAAAGUGGGAUGAAUAAAGAAUUUCCUGCUUUUUCAAGGUUUUCAUCCAGUUCAUCUCUUAUUCCAUUUGAUGAAAAUUUCAUUGCAUUAUUGAUUGGAAAGUCAGAAAAUUAAGCCAUCUUGAAAUUGAAACCAACAAAUCGUUUCCACAUUUUCCAACAGUAAUAGCUCUUAUGUUUCAUAUAAAUGAGAAAAAUGUUGAAUUCUGUAUUUGAUUAUUCCUUAAAUACCCAAAUUUGAUCACGCUCUGUUUUAUAGAAGAUUUAUUAUUUUUUUCCGUUUUUCUUCAGUUCUCUGCAAUAUUACUUAUUAUAAUUAAAAAUGAUCUAUUUUGUUUUAUGCAUUUAUUUGUUGAUUAAAUUACAGAUAUUUAGAUUUUGUUAAUUGCAGAUAUUUUUGUAGAUGAAAUUGUACUUAUGUAUGGAACAUCUUGCUUCUAUCAAAAUUUUGAAACGUUAACUAGUCACUGAGUAGUAUCAUUCUAUGUUAGAACAUAGUGUUGAAUUUUGGUGGUUAUUUUAUCUUGCAAAGUUUUAAAAUUCACUUUUUAAAAAAAUAUUCCAACAAAAUCUAUCUUGUGAUAUUCAGCUAUGUAUGUGUGUGUUACGAUAUUGGUGUUGAUUAGGAGUGCUUUAUGUGGAUUCUUUUUCACAUUUUUGUCCAUCAAAAUUCUGAAAAACUAAAAAAUGUCCAUCUUUUCUGUGAAGAGUACAAAGAUCUGGGUUUACACCCAGAAAUUUCAUAAAUACUUUAAUAAAAGUUGUUUUUCAUA